AUGGCAACCGAUCACAUCGUUUGGAUGAUGGUCUUUGAACCCCGGGGUCUGUACGAUUGGUGGAGCGCUUCCUCCCAACGUUCCAAGAGCUCUGUCAUCAAUGCCAAACAAGAAGACUUCCCACCUAAUGCAAAGGACUUUUCGGGGGCCUCGGUCUUUGCAUCCGAGACAUGGAUAGAAGGGCAACGCAUCGUUGUACCGGAGUCCACAGCCAGGCUCAUUAGCGUCCAUAUCGUCGACAAUCCCGCCCUCGUCAAAACAUGCAUCCCACUGCCGGUUGAAGAAGGAGUCCUGCGACCAACGUGCCCGGUGAUCCAGCGUCAACCUCGUCUUGAAGUAUCAACCAUCGUCGGCAAGAGUGAGGUCACUCCCCCUUCUCAGCCUUUCGUCGGAGGCCGUCUGGGCAUCAUUGCUGUUCUCGGCGUUCUAGCAAUCAUCCUUUGCUUUCUCAACAUCAUUUAUCAUCGCAUCCGUGGAUCCAGAGAUCUCGAAGUGACGCAACAUGAGAAAAUCAAGGAUUUGGACCUUCAAAUCCGCAACCUCAGCAACAAAGUCCAGGAGCAAGCCGCGAGCAUCGUGGACAUGAAUGAGACUGUUGCAUCCUGUCAUGAACGCAAUGACGGGCUCAACAACGAGCUACAACGUUGCAUCAUCAAGAUGAAAGACGACAGUGAAUCCAUGAAAGGCAAGGAUGACCUCGCCCACCAACAGCAAGCAAUGCUUGAAGAACAGGAUUCUUUGAUCAAGAAGCAAGAAGCCACCAUGGCCGAACAAGAGUCCAGGAGCAAGGAGCACCAAGACGCUCUGGUGCGACUGAGCGAAAUGCAGGAAACUCUCCAACAAAAGGAGAACGAGAUCAAAGAGAAGGAAAGCGCCAUCGCGCAACUCAUGGAGGAAAAGGAGGCGGCCUUGGAAGAAGCGAGCGUGCUUGGUGGCGUCCGAGACCGGUUGACCGGGCAGCUGGACCAGGCGAACACGGAGUUGCGGUCAGCGACGUGCUCCGACAAGGACCUCUCGCGGCGCCGGGAGGAGAUGUUGACGAAGCAAAACAAAAAGCUUCACACCUACACCCUCCACAUCAAGGGUCUCAAGGCGCAGAUCGAAGGGCUUGGCCAAGUGCCCGUCCCGGCGCCGGUGGAUGCCGCCGCGCCAUAUCCGACAAUCGAAGAGGCGGGUGCCGCUUCUCCGACGUCGGCAUCUGCCUCGUCCGUUCCCGCUGCUCGCUGUCAAUCGACGAUAGAGAGCCGUUGGGCCGAGGCGGCUCCUCCCAGCCAACCUGCCGCAUUUCGUGGCGGCUGGCAAGGACGGGGUCGCGGACGUGGCAGAGGUGGACGUCGAUCGUGA